AUGGAUGGAAAGAAGCCUAAAACAAUUCUAACAGAUCAAGAUGCUGCAAUGGCUAAGGCUAUUUCUUUAGUUAUGUCGAAAACAUUUCAUGGAUUAUGCACUUGGCAUAUAAGACAAAAUGCUUUAAGACAUGUAAACCAUUUAUAUCAAAAAAGUCCACAAUUCUCUUUGGAUUUUGAGGCAUGCAUAGACUUACACGAAGAAGAAGGAGAAUUUUUUAAAGCAUGGAAUUCUUUACUUAUUGAGCAUAAUGUUUCGGAAGGAUCGUGGAUGCAUAUGAUUUUUCAAUUGAAGGAAAAAUGGGCAUGA